CUUUUCAAAUGGCCUCAAAACCCUCAUCCAUGUUCUAGUGGAUGUCCUUCAUCUAGAAAACCCUUACUAUAUAUACUAAUUUAAACAGUUAUAAUCAUAGGCAAACUGGUUAUACAUAUAACUAGCUCUCACAAACUCAGUGUUCUUCGUUUAGAAACCCCUCUGUAUCUUAUAUAUCAAAUAUCAAGCAGUAUAAAAAAAGGGUAACUUUACUAGCUAUCACAAACUCAGACUUCUUUGUGUGUGAGUGUGAGAGAGAGAGAGCAUGGACACCAUUGACAGUGAGCUCCAUGAACCCAUAUUACAAUCAAAACGACCAACACCAGUGACAGUGAGUUCUGAACUAGAAGAAACCCUAUCCAACACCGAGAUUUCAAACUUUAGCCGCCUAAAAUCCGGUACAUGGAUUGAACUGAAAACUCUCUUUCGCCUAGCAGCACCUGCGGUAGUGGUUUACUUACUCAACAAUGUCACUUCCAUGUCCACACAAAUCUUUUGUGGUCAUCUAGGUAAUCUUGAGCUCGCUGCUGCCUCUCUUGGUAACAAUGGUAUCCAAAUAUUCGCCUAUGGACUCAUGCUUGGAAUGGGAAGCGCAGUGGAAACACUAUGUGGGCAGGCUUAUGGUGCUCACAAGUUUGAAAUGCUAGGCGUAUAUCUUCAGCGAUCAAUGAUCCUACUCAUGUGUACUGGGGUCUUAGUUAUGUUCAUCUACAUCUUCUCCAAGCCCCUCUUGCUUGCUUUAGGUGAAUCAAGUUCCAUUGCAUCCGCGGCUGCAAUUUUUGUCUAUGGUCUUAUCCCACAAAUCUUUGCCUAUGCUGCUAAUUUUCCCAUACAAAAGUUUCUGCAAGCACAAAGCAUAGUGGCACCUAGCUCGUACAUCUCUGCAGCUACGCUAGUUGUGCAUUUACUAUUGAGCUGGAUUGUGAUUUACAAACUGGGCUGGGGAUUGUUGGGUGCGGCAUUGAUGUUGAGCUUUUCAUGGUGGAUCAUAGUGAUUGCGCAGUUUGUGUACAUAUUGGUGAGUGACAGGUGCAAAUACACAUGGACUGGACUUAGCUGGCAAGCUUUUUCUGGGCUCUGGGACUUUUUGAAAUUAUCUACUGCAUCAGCUAUCAUGCUAUGUCUGGAGACUUGGUAUUAUCAGAUACUUGUGUUGAUUGCUGGGUUGCUCCAAAAUGCUGAGAUUGCUUUGGACGCUCUCUCCAUUUGCAUGACCGUAUCAGGAUGGGUGUACAUGAUAUCAGUGGGUUUCAAUGCUGCUGCAAGUGUAAGGGUGAGCAAUGAGCUAGGAGCUGGACAUCCAAAAUCUGCGGCAUUUUCUGUGGUGAUAGUAACACUAAGUUCUGCCGUCAUCGCGGUGAUCUGCGCCAUCCUUGUUCUUGCCUUGAGGCAUGUCAUUAGCUAUGUAUUUACGAGUGGUUCAACUGUGGCUGAUGCUGUCUCAGAACUCUCUCCCUUCCUUGCCAUAUCUAUCAUACUCAAUGGAAUCCAACCCGUUUUGUCUGGAGUGGCUGUCGGCUGUGGAUGGCAAGCAUUUGUUGCGUACGUUAACGUGGGGUGUUACUACAUUAUUGGUAUCCCAUUGGGUGCAGUACUUGGCUUUAAAUUCGACCUUGGAGCUAAGGGCAUUUGGUCUGGGAUGAUAGGGGGCACUUUUAUACAGACUCUCAUUUUAAUUUGGUUCACAUUUCGGACAGAUUGGACUAAAGAGGUUGAAAAAGCGAAGUUGCGUUUGGAUAAGUGGGAAGACAAGAAGGAAUCUCUUUUGACGGAUUAACCCACUCUUUUCGCAUCAAGUUACAAGCCUUUGCGUGCAUGGAAAAUGGGAUCUUUUCCAACCGAUAACCAUCAAAGUGUUCAAUUUUCAAUUUUCAAUAAGCUCAUCAUGAUGCUUCAUGAGGAUCCUCACCAAAUUUGGUGCCACUGGCUUAGUCAGAUUAUUAACACUGCAUUGAAUUUCAAUUUCUGAUUUUUUGUUCUUGAA